AAAAAAAAAUGCUUAUGUAACUCCCACCCAACAAUAUAACAUGCCAUAUCACAUGAACUUGCAGACAGUUUUCUUGUGCUUCGGCUUGUAUUUUUACUCCACCUUUGUUUAAAUCUUGCAUGGAUGAUAAUCGGCAAAAUGCAUCCUGAGAUUCAAAUUUAGUCAUCUCUACAGAGAUUGGUUUUGUUGUUGCUUUUUAAGAGCAACAACCAUGUCCAUGAGAGAUGAGAAACAGAUUGAGAUGAGGAACAAAAUGAUGCUAUUUGGUUUACUGUUUAAGAAAAUCUUUGAUGAGGAAAAGGGUAAGCUUCUUCAGAGGCUUGAGGACGCCAAUAGUGAAAUUACAGAGUUGAAGAAAGUGAGAAACGAAGAUGCAAAAGCUAACGAGAAGGUAGUUCGCAUUAUCGCGUCUCAAAAACAGAUUUGGCUAAAGGAAAGGUACAAAUUUAGGCUGCAGAUUGAAGCUCUGAUGAGGGAACUAAGGAACAUGGAGAAGAGGAAGAGAAAAAGCUUAUCGGAGUUGCAAGAAAGAUUAAAAGAAAAAGAAGGUUUAGUGCAAUCUAAAGAUAAGGCAAUAGAAGAAGAGAAGCGUAAAUGCGUAGAGUUAGAGGAAAAGCUGGUCAAAGCAGAAAAAGAAGUACAAGAUUUAAGGGAAACACAAGAGAGAGAUGUGCAAGAACAUUCUUCUGAGCUAUGGAGGCAAAAGAAGACAUUCCUUGAGCUUGCUUCUAGCCAGAGACAGCUUGAAGCUGAACUGAGUCGUGCACAUAAGCAAAUCGAGGCUAAAGGGUAUGAACUUGAAGACUUGUCAUUAGAAAUCAUUAAGAUGCGAAAAGAUUUGGAACAGAAAGAUCGAAUCUUGGCAAUGAUGUUGAAGAAGUCAAAACCGGACAUGACCGAGAAGCAGACAUUACAUAGAGAGGCCAAAACGAAACAAGAUGAAAAUGAAGCAAAGAAAUGGAGAUCGAAUUCAAGAAAACACGAGCGACGGUCACUAAGAAGCAUGUUUGCUUUUGAAGCGACAAGCAAGAGUAAGACUAACAAUGUUGAUUCCAUUACUCACAUUGAACAAUUGGAAUCGAAUCAAGAUCCUGAUGUCAUUCCAGAAAUCAUGGAUUCCUACUCUAUUGGUGAACUAAGUGAACUAGGAAUCGAUGGAUUCGUAAAGAAGCGUGAGAAUUUGAGUUUUGGAGAGGAAGAACUUUGUAUUAGAGUGAUAGGGAAGAAUCAAGAGAUAGAGCUAGAGGGUUUUACAGAGAAUUUGAAACUAAAAGAUGAAAAGGUUGAAGCUUUGUGUUUGCAUCUGAUGAACUCUGAGUUAGAAUCACACCGGUUAAGAUCUUGUAUUGAAGGACUGAGCCAAGAAAUGUCACAGUUGAGACACAAUAACACAAAACUGGAAAGCCUGGUAAGCCGUAGAGGUGAAGAACCGGUUGCCCUGAAGAAGCAGCAAUUCAAGACACAGCUAAGAAGCUUGGUGUCCCACAAGAACAAUACGAGUUGUAAAAGAAAGAACACAAUAACAGAACCACGAGAAGAGCGAGAAAGUGAACUUGCGACCGAUAAAGGAAGGGAAUCAUAUUCUCCCGAUGAACUGAGACAUUUAACUUUGAAGGCUGCUCAAUCUGAUGCUGAAGAAGAAUCUGAAAAGGAAAGUCUCUUACCAGAGAAUGAGUUUACCAAAAGAGAAAAUGCAGAUGGUAAGGAGAGUGCGAGCUUAGAAAAGCCAUCAAUCACACGCAAUCCACCUUGGAGAAUGGAUCUUCAUGCUCUUGGAGUUUCAUUCAAGAUCAAAAGGUUGAAACAACAGCUUAUGAUGCUUGAGAGAUAUAUCAGAAAACAAGAGAGCCAAGAGACUGACAAAAGCAGCAGUGAAACCGGGAAAAGGGCUUUGUUAUUGCUCAUUACAUUGCUCAACAAACAAGUUACUAGGUAUCAAUCACUACAAGAGAAGAUCGAUGAUUUGUGCAAAAGAAUGCAUGUGAAUGAUUCAGAGAAGAUUAGCGGAAAUAUCAGAGCAAAUGGGGAAGCGAAAAUAUCACUAGAGCAUUUCUUAGAUGAGACAUUUCAGCUUCAAAGAUACAUAGUGGCAACAGGACAGAAACUGAUGGAAAUCCAAUCGAAGAUCGCUUCUGGCUUUGUUGAGGUUCUAGUAGGCUUAAUCAGUACUGAAUCCUCCACUUCUAGUAGCUGCUUUGAUCCAGAACGUUUUGCAGAAAGCAUCAAAAGUCUGUUUCAGGAAGUGCAGAGAGGGCUUGAAGUUAGGAUAUCUCGAAUCAUAGGUGAUCUUGAAGGGACAUUAGCUCGUGAGGGAAUGUUACAUUUGAAACGAAGGGUCACAUGGAGCAACGAGUAUGAGAAGCUACAAAACGUGUAAACUAAAUUCUUUACAAUUCCUCCUCAGAUCUUCUUUAGGUUUUGUAUAUAGAGACUUCACUUAUUUAUA